CAUCUAAGAAACAGUCACAUUUAAAGGCAAAGCUGAACGACAGCAAUAUGGUCAUCUAGAGGUAAAACGGAGUGGAAGAUUAUAUGUAUUCAUACUUUAGUCACUCUUACUCUAUUUGAUAAUGACACAGGACCCAUGAAGACAAAAAUCAAAAUCAGCAAACAUGAAUGUAUGAACUUCACAUUUUUAUUUUAGGAGCAAUUUUAAUAUACCACCCAGACACUUGGGGGAGAUAUAUAUUAUAUAUUGUCAUGUUUAAUAAUAGGCUUAUACACAUUACAAUGCAAUUUUCACUCGAGACUUGCAAGUGGGCAGACACUUUUUUUCUUUAAUGUUUUUUUUUUUUUUUUUGUUACCAAAUUUUUCUUUGUUAAACAAGAAAAAACAUAUUAAAAAAUUAAAGUAAAGGAAAAUGAAUAGAAAUUUCCACUCAGCAGCACCAUGCUCCAGACGCACGGCACAGGCCUUAUAUCUGGGGCUUGCAUGCUCUGCGUGACCCGUGACUGAUUCGAGUUAACAGCUGACUCUUUUCCAUUACAAAUGGCUCGCGGAUAAUCUAGAUAACUACCGGAUCACGCAAACUGAGCUGCCUGGAUGUGGUGCACCACUCUCCGGCACUGCAUCAGAAGGCAUUCAUAUUAAAUAUCAUAGGUAUUCUUUACAGUGUAUAUUAGCCUAUUUUGGCCAUAACCUCGUUUGCUUUAUCCCAUAUUUUGAGAUGUUGUUUCUUCGAAUUAAAAAAAUCUGAAAUCUGCACGUACUCUCUGAAUGUAUCACACUGAUAACUAAACUUAAAUAAAUAAGAAAAAAUUUCAAUAUAUCUGCUUCGAUCUCAGAAAUAACCACACCAGUAAUUACACUUUCCUAGAGAGCUUUUUUUUUUAUUAUUAUUCCAGAAUCUAUUUUUGCGCAAAACACUGGGUUGGAAUAAACGCUUCAGAUUAGUCAUAUGUGGACUGCAGGCCACCAGGAAUGACCACUAAAAAGGAUGUAGGCCACACCAAACUCUUUUUUUUAAAACACUCAUAGUUAAUUUUCAAAGCCCUUUUUUUGUUAUUUAAUUUUUCUCCCUCUCUCUCUCUUCGUUUGCCUCGGUGACGUUUCCUCACCAUGUGACCAGGGCAGUGGUAUAAAUAACGAGCGAAGAUCCACCCCCUCUGUGAUUCAGGUUUGGCCCUUUUGCAGGUUUCCCGGAACAUUUCUCUGCCUGGCAUCGAAGGGGAUCGUUCGUCAGUCGGCGACAAUAAAACCUGAAAACAUAUGGAAAUAGCGAGAAAACAGGGGGGCAUCUCUCACCGGCGGCGACACGUGCUCCUCUCCUCUCCCCCUCCUCAUAUGAGUUUUUGAAGAGGGAGGGCAGGGCAGCUUGUGCAUCUCAUCGUCUUCCUCAUCUGGCGUCGGAGGGCACAGGCGUGUGUGAGCCAUGACUCUGAGCUCAGAGAUGUCGGAUGCCUCCAUCCUUUCGGAAGAGACCGAUAUAGACGUGGUCGGCGAAGGGGAGGAUGGGGACAACCAGACGCGCUCCUACGUAGACGAGGUGGCGCAGAUGCACGACGGGAUCCUCCUGGCCGGCUCUCCUCCUCCGUGCCUGGACAGCUCCACCUCCACAAGGGAUACCUACAAGCCGGCGGGCAAGAACAGCCUGGUGAAGCCCCCUUACUCCUACAUCGCCUUAAUCACCAUGGCCAUCCUGCAGAGCCCCAAGAAGAGGCUCACUCUCAGCGAGAUCUGCGACUUCAUCAGCAACCGCUUCCCGUACUACAGAGAGAAGUUCCCGGCCUGGCAGAACUCCAUCAGACACAACUUAUCCCUCAAUGACUGCUUCGUCAAGAUACCGAGGGAGCCCGGGAAUCCUGGGAAGGGCAACUACUGGACCUUGGACCCGGAGUCGGCUGAUAUGUUUGACAACGGGAGUUUUCUGAGGCGAAGGAAACGAUUCAAGCGGCAGCAGACGCAGGAUUUGCUGCGGGAACACAACACUUUUAUCCCCGCCGCUGCUGCGUAUGGGUACGGACCGUACGGCUGCGGAGGAUACGGCAUCCAGCUCCAGUCCUACCACACACACUCUGCGCUCUAUGCUUUUCAGCAGCAGCAGCAGCAGCAGCAGCAACAGCAGCACUCCAGGCAUUCACACUCACACACGGGAACCAUUAUCCCUGCACCGUCUUUGAUGCCCACCACCACGGACUUAGCCAGGAGUAGGUUUUAUCCCCAGCUCAGCUCCAGCCUGGGCUCAGCCAGCGUGCAGGCUGCAGCCCCGGUGCAGAAGUCCAGCUCCCCGGUGCAGAGGUCUCCCUUCUCCAUAGAGAGUAUCAUAGGAGGGUCACUUAGCCCCUCCAGGACUUCUCCGGUCCUUGUCCCGGUCUUACCGUCUUCUUUGGGGCCUCCAGCGGCCAGCCAGCCGCAGACCGUCCAUCCCGGAACUGUUUUACACGCGGCUGAAAACUUUCCGAGCAGAGUGGUCAGCGGCACUAGCGGCUGUUAAAUGUCUUAACUACAAACUUUUCAAGAAACUAUAUAAAAAAAGAAACAGCAACAAAAACAAAAAACGCCCCCUCUUUGAAGGUAGGAUUAUUUUUGUAUGUUUAUUUGAUAGCACGCAGCUGAAUGAUGGACAUAAUAACACUAUUUGUGCCUAUAUUCAUGCUGUUUAAAAAGAUAUAUUUAUGUUCAUUUUUUUCGGUGUGAAUCAGACUUUUGACCACGAACUGUCCUUGUAUUUUUCCAUGAAGUGAUUCGUUUCAGUCACUGUUUAGGGCGUCUCAGGAUAAUGACUUAAUGAACAGGUUAUGAAUGAUCACAUGUUUAAAAUAGGCUAAUAAUGUAUUUGUGUCAAACACAUCCAUGUUUUUUUUUUCAUUAGUUUGACAAAUCAAAACAUUUUUUAAAGUUUUGAUUUGAACUUUGUAUUAAAAGACACAGAGAGCAAAGUCAUACAUUUAUAAUAAUAUGCAGUGUGUGUUUAUUUCAGUAAUAAAACAUUGUACAUUUUUGGCAAGUAUUGUGUAAUUGAAGUGUGAUAUUUUUACACAGUUUGUUUUAAACAAGAAUAAAUUUCGUUUUGCA